CCUAGAUCCAGACAGCCUAGUAGUAUUAGUAACACAAUCACACCCUACUGAUGGAGUAUAAUAAUUAUUACUAGCUUUAGUUUAGGAACUGGUGUCAGUGGUGACUAACUAAAGUUACUUGAUAGGAAAGGUGCAAAUAUUAGCGGCUUCCUGGUUGUGGACGCUGAAGCAGGGCCACGAAGACGUAUUACCAAACCGAGCACGCUAGCUGGACUUUGAUACCUAUGCGACCCAUCUAUCGAUCAUUUUGACGGUGGGGAAACGACAUACCCGCAGAUCGCUGCCCGUAGAUCUAUUUACUAUAAUUUCCGUUACACAAGUUACACUGGAUCCCUAUCAACGCUACAGUGGUACGUUUUGGCUGUGAGACUCCUACUCCUAGCUGGCAAUUCGUGGCAGUCACCAAUCAUGUCACAAUGGUUAUUGGAAAGUGUGGAGGCAUUCCUUCGGAGUCCUUUAUGGAGCGCUCCUAUCAUGACUUUCAUUGAGAACAAUUGCCUUGAAUUUGAAGACUGUGAAGAGAAUAAGCUGGAGUACACCUUAAUACACAAGGAGUACACAAAGCUGGUUGACUUGUUGAUUGAGAACUUCCUCCGUGAUUUGGGUGUCUCAGUGGAAGAAUUUGGUGAAGCGUGCAAGAGAAUGGUGGCUAUUGACCAAGGCGCACAACGUCUUAUUGAGCAGAUAGUCUCAGCAACCGAAUUUGUAUUGUUCAAGUCGAUGAUGGUUGCCACCAAUGAUCGUCUCAAAAGGGAGGCUAUCCAGCUCACCUUACAAUGGGAAGCACAACUGGUGGGAUCACCACCUUCACUAUCUUCACAGUCAAGUUCACAACCAGACAAAAACGCGUAUGAUGAUGAGGAAGCUCUUUUAGCCAAGGCUAUUGCUCUAUCACUGCAAGAAGUCAGUGCACAACCAUCACAUGUGGAUGUUGCCAAUAGAGGAUCAUCAGAUGCAUCACAUUCGGACAUUGCAGCCAAGCAACCGUCACACGUCGAUCUCCACACAGAAGAGGACGAGUUACAGCGAGCACUCCGCGAGUCCGCUAUCGCUAUAAAGGAAGAAGAGAGCAAACUGCUAGAAAAGGAGGAGGAUGCAGUACAGCUGGCUAUUCAAUUGUCGUUGAAGGAAACUGCCUCAUCCAAGACACAUGAUGGUUCAAGUGCAUCGGCAAGCAGUGCACAAGUUGUAAAAUUGCCACCUGAAACAACCGGCGACACAUGUGUGCAGAGCGCAGGUGCAAUACCGAAAGACAAUGCAAUGCCUGGCAGCAAAGCAACAACAGUGACAGCGACUUCUGCUGUGAGCAGCAGUAGCUGUGAUGGGAACAAACCCGGUGAGAAUGCAACAGACUCCGUUAAGACUACAAAUGCUCCAACACCCGCAGCACAAGCUACAGCAGUGUCUGCGUCGACCAGCCAGUCUGAGACCAGCGUGAACGAAACAUCUCUCAGUGCAGUAAGCCAUCAGCCACCGCCUGCCGGCCUGGGUCCACUCAAGCACAUUCCAUCUAGUCCGUCAAGUUCGGCACUGGACGAGCAUCCAAUGUCAACAGCACAGCCUGAGCUUGACGUCGACACCAUUCAGGAGAGAAGCAAGCGGUUGAAGUCACUCCGGCAGAAAUUGGUUGAAAAGAAGAAAGCGUUGCGUGAAGCUGGCUUGGAAAGUUACACAGAUCGUAGAAUUGGUGAGGGCUCACGCGAGAAGCCAUCCGAAGUGGCAAAGUCAGCGACAGCAUUGGCUAGUCUGCCACCCCUGGAUCCGAAGAGGCAAAGUCUGACAAGAGGCAGUCGUCCGGUCAGUGCAUCAUUGGCUGGAAUGCUCCAGCAAACAAGCAGCGGCACCACCAGCGGCCGCAAGAGCAAAAAGUAGGUGCUGCAGCCUUCACAUGCCGCCGCCCACAGCUAGACUGUGCAGACAAAUCGCAAUGGAGUCUUGUUGUAAUGCGAAUCACUGAAGUACAGAACCCGCAAUCUGAGUGCACUUACUCCCCAAAAGAACUAUGUUGUAUCGCUAAUAAACUGAGUUUUUGGACUUUGAAGCACUAUUGAAUUUUUCGUAGGAUGUUAACUGUAGUAGAAUCAGCAAAGUGCAAUAUAUUGAUAGUUGUACUGCUUCAGUUGCAGUUCGGUAUGCUCUGCAGUAGUCAAUGUUACUGUAUGUACAUUAUUAUUAUUAUCCUACUACUAUAGCCUAAUUCAAGUAGUUUUUCGUACUACAGUGGCUGCUGUCUUGUGUAUCAUCAUAAAAUUCAUAAUGUACAGUGCUGCUCAAUGAAAUCCAGCCGAGUCACAAAAGUACGCGCCGGGCGUUGCGCAGCCUAGACCUGCGAAAACUAGGUUGCGAAAUGGUGCAAGGCGUAGACUUGAGUGACACGACUGGAUUUCAUUGAGCAGCACUGUACAUGUACUUGACGAUGCUGUACCAAAUCACAAAGAAUAAAAACGUCCAGUCUUGUUGAACUU